AUGGAUGAAACGCCGUUGAAAGAAGUCUCUGAAGCACUGCCUUCAAAUCUAUCGGACAGCGAGCAUGGCACUCUGGGGGAUCCCCCGAGCGAGUUUACCACUCGGUCGACUAUGGCCUUGCUUGGCUGCAUGGGUGCUGUAUUCUGUACUGUUGGGUUUUUAAAUGCCUUUGGAGUUUUUGAAACAUACUACGCUACGAAUAUCCUGUCGAACGAGAGCGACUCGAAUAUCGGAUGGAUUGGAGCACUUAAUAUUUUCCUCUUGUUCGCGGGCUCUCUCAUUACAGGACGUAUCUUGGACCUCUUCGGACCUGCCGUCAUGUUCUGGGUCGGCUCUAUAAUAACGGUCUUUGCCAUUAUGAUGGUCUCACUGUGCAAGACCUUCUGGGAAUUUAUCCUCGCCCAGGGUAUAGUUCUUGGAGUUGGAGAAACUUUGCUGUUAUGCCCAGCUGUUGCGCUAGUUGGUCAGCACUUCAAGAAAAGACUUUCCAUCGCUCUUGGAAUAACAAUCGCUGGCUCAUCAUUGGGAGGGGUGGUUUGGCCUGUCGUUAUGCAUUCCCUCCUGGAUUCACCUAGCAUUGGCUUUGGAUGGUCCAUGAGAAUCGCUGGUUUCAUCAUGCUUCCUAUCUUAGCCGUUUCGUCUAUGAUCGCUCGGCCCCCGAUUGAAGCGAAGAAUUCGACUACAGCGGCGAAACCAUCAAAGCCUGCAUGGGACUGGUCACUGGUCACAAAACCGGCGAUGGCAUUGACUGCAAGUGCAUUUUUCUUCGUCUACUUCGGCAUGUUCAUGCCAUUUUUUUACACCACGGAUUACGCCCUCGCGCAAGGAUUCUCGUCGAACCUGUCAUUCUAUACUAUCUCUUUGGUCAAUGGCGCUUCCCUAUUCGGGCGUAUACUUCCUGGGUUUGUCGCAGACAAAUACGGGAGAUUUAACUUGUGUAUCAUAAUGAUAACGUUCUCCGGAAUUAUUGCCAUGUGCAUGACGACUGUCACCACGGUUGCCGGCCUUGUGUUCUUUUCACUUGCUUACGGGUUUAGUUCUGGGCGAACUUUCGUGCAGGGCAUCCUCUCUUUACAGCAAGGCUGCGCUGCAAAAUUAGCCACGCCAACCACUGUCGGUACCGCAAUUGGUUUCGUCAUGGCCUCAACGUCACUUUCGUGA